CAAGGAGAAGACCUAUCCCUGUUGUAGGGACAUUGAUUGGCUAUGAUCAUGCGCGAGAACUAUUCAAAUAGAUUCAUACGAUUUCAUGUGCAAAGUGAAGACUUAUGUCUCUGGACUGUAUGCAUACAAUCCAAUACGGGUGUAGACAGUAAACGAAAAUAAAUACAUAUUACUUUUUUCUGGUAGUAUUUAAUAUACUAUCACCGAUAAACACACUACCAUACUUAUUUUAUUUAUAAUAUUAUUUAAAUUAAUUAUGAAAAAAACACAUAUUUUAUACUCGUUGUCAAGUGUCUGCAAACAGCGCGUGACGUCAUAGUGUUCUAAGGAAGAUGUCAAAUUUGACUUUGACAUUGACAUACAUGUAACUGUGCAUAGAACGAUUUUUGUUAUUGUUUUUGUUUAUGUUAGUUUCAGAGACCCGUGAAGUCACAUUGACGCCAUGGCAGAGGUUAGCGUUUUAGCGGGAAAUAUGACUUCACAGGUCUCUGAAAUAUUUUAAAUAUUUCAAUUAUAUUACUGUUAAUCCUUAAUGCCCAUAAUUUGACUUCAGUUGACAGUAAUAUUUGAUAUGGAAGGCUUCUCGAUGCGACAGUACGCGUGGAAGCCUGCCGCCGAGAUGGUCGUCACACUGCUAAAGAUCUACGAGGCCAACUACCCGGAGAUACUCAAGACUUGUUUAAUAGUGAACGCCCCAAAAGUAUUUGCGCUGGCGUUCUCAGUGAUAAAGAAAUUCAUGCACGAAAACACGAUAUCGAAGAUCAAGAUAUACGGCACGGACAGCAAGAAGUGGCAGGCGCAGGUCCUCGCUAUGGUCGACAAAGAUCAGCUGCCGGUGUUCUAUGGCGGCACUAUGGUCGACGAGAACGGGGACACAAAAUGUAGUCUUAUCGUAAAACCAGGUGGUAAAGUUCCUAAAUGCUAUUACACCAAAAACACGAGUAGUGUGAACAAAAAGGAGUACAAACGUGUCACAAUCAAAACUGGCGACAAACAUACGGUCGACCUGCUUUGCGCUGACCCGGAGAGUGUUUUGAAGUGAGAAGUGACUUAUUUGCAUUUUAU